ACAAAUUGACUCACACAAUCGAUGCUCUCUCUCUCUCUCUCUCUCUCUCUCUCUGGUUUAGGCAUUUAGCAGUGGUGACUGAGCAAUGAGUAUGAACAAACAAGGCACGUUACAUACUAAUUGAUAUUACAAACAGAAUUACAUAUCAACCUAACCACCACUUCUCUUCUUUUCCAACUCAUUCUCUCUCUCUCUCUCUCUCUCUCUCUCUCUUCAAUGGCCGGUUUCCGCUUGCAACCAGAGGACUCCGACGUCUCGCAACAAACACGAGCGGUUGCUCUCUCCGCCGCCGAUCUGGUCUCCGACGACGACCGCUCCGUCGCCGCAGACUCCUGGUCCAUCAAGAGCGAGUAUGGCAGCACUCUCGACGAUGACCAGCGCCAUGCCGACGCCGCCGAAGCUCUCUCCAACGCCAACUUCCGAGCCCCCUCCGACUACAGUUCUGACAAGGAGGAACCUGAUGCUGAAGCAGUUACGUCAAUGCUGGGAUUUCAGAGUUAUUGGGACACUGCUUAUGCAGAUGAACUUACAAAUUUUCGCGAACACGGUCAUGCUGGUGAAGUUUGGUUUGGAGUUGAUGUGAUGGAAGUUGUUGCAUCUUGGACAAAAGCCUUGUGCAUUGACAUUUCUCAUGGUCGACCAAAUCAUGUUGACAAUGUCAAGGCUGAAGCUAGUGAACUAGAUGAUAAACUUUUGUCUAGUUGGAGUGUACUUGACAUCGGGACUGGCAAUGGUUUGCUUCUCCAAGAAUUAGCUAAACAAGGGUUCUCUGAUUUAACUGGCUCUGAUUACAGUGAACAGGGCAUCAGCCUUGCCCAAAGCCUUGCUAAUCGUGAUGGAUUUUCCAACAUCAAAUUUUUGGUUGAUGAUGUCCUUGAGACAAAAUUGGAACAAGAGUUUAAACUUGUCAUGGAUAAAGGGACUCUAGAUGCUAUUGGAUUGCAUCCGGAUGGUCCUGUCAAGAGAAUGAUGUAUUGGGAUUCUGUUUCGAGGUUGGUUGCUCCUGGUGGAAUACUUGUGAUCACAUCAUGUAACAGUACAAAGGAUGAGUUGGUACAAGAAGUGGAAAGUUUCAACCAAAGAAAAAUUGCUAGUGUCCAGGGACUUGAGGCAGCCAAGGAUGAGGAAUCAUGCGGAGAUCCCCUAUUUCGGUAUGUAAGUCAUGUUCGCACAUAUCCGACAUUCAUGUUUGGUGGAUCCGUAGGCUCCCGUGUUGCUACUGUGGCAUUCCUUCGGAAAUGAAAUGCGAAAUGCGUGUCAUUUACCCUCAUGGUUUAGGUCUUUGGGCAUUGGGUUGGAUAAGUAGAUGCAUGUUUCUAACUUCUCAUGCUAUGUUCGUGUUGAACCGUAAAUAUUUUUCUGAUUUUUGGGGAGGUGAAGUUCUCUAACCUCCCUCCUUUUGGGUGAAUAGUUGUAAUCAAUCGGAGUUCAUAAACAAAUGAUGUAAGGGAAAAAGACGGUUAGUUCUGCGUGGCGAAAAGCUAUUUUACACUUGUUCUUUUUAUGGCUAUUAUUACA